UUCACACAAUUGUAUACUUAGAAAAACUGAAAGUGGUUAAUUUCUUACCAUUUUUCGUUUUUAUUAUUGUUGUGGUCUGUCAGCAGUUGUGUUCACUUGUAUGUAUGUGUAUUGUGAUAGUUUUAAGGCCAAUUUCUCCCUAAACUUUUGAGAAAUACACUUUUACAACCAAAGGUUUUUAAUCCCAACAUGGCAACUGAGGUGCUAAAUGGGCAGGUGCCAGAGAUGAUGAGUGGAGGGGAUGUCGCUCCUAAGAAGCCACCAAAUAAGAAGCUCACAGUUGAAAAGAUUUAUCAGAAGAAAUCUCAGCUGGAGCAUAUUUUGCUCAGACCAGACACAUAUAUUGGUUCUGUUGAGCCUGUAGUGGAAACCAUGUGGCUGUAUGACGAAGAACAAGAUGCAAUGGUCCAGAAAGAAAUUUCAUAUGUUCCCGGUCUUUACAAAAUCUUUGAUGAAAUUCUUGUAAAUGCUGCUGAUAAUAAGCAGCGAGAUCCCAAAAUGGACUGUAUAAAAAUAGAAAUAAAUCCAGAGAAGAAUAUAAUAUCAAUAUGGAAUAAUGGGCAAGGAAUUCCAGUUGUUGAACAUAAGGAUGAAAAAAUGUUUGUACCUACUAUGAUCUUUGGUCAUCUCUUGACAUCUUCCAACUACAAUGAUGAAGAGGAGAAGGUGACAGGAGGCAGAAAUGGUUAUGGUGCGAAGCUUUGUAAUAUAUUCAGCACAAUGUUUAUAGUAGAAACCGCAGCUAAGGAAUAUAAGCGCAGUUUUAAACAGGUUUGGGGCAGUAACAUGUCCAAAACUUCCGAGCCUAGAAUUAAAGAUCACACAGGAGAGGAUUUCACAAAAAUUACCUUCUCACCAGACUUGUCAAAGUUCAGAAUGGAGACCUUGGAUAAAGACAUUGUAGCUCUGAUGUCCAAAAGAGCUUUUGAUGUGGCAGCUUCAACACGUGGAGUGAAGGUGUAUCUGAACGGGAAGAGACUACCGGUGAAGUCUUUUAAGGAUUAUGUAGAAUUGUACCUGAAAGGGAAGGAAGAUGAUCAGGGAAAUCCACUGAAGUGCGUGUAUGAAAAUGUGAAUCCAAGAUGGGAAGUUGCAGUGUCCUUGUCAGAGAAAGGAUUUCAACAAGUGUCUUUUGUGAACAGUAUUGCCACCACAAAGGGUGGGCGUCAUGUGGAUCAUAUUGCAGAACAUAUAGUCAAACAGCUGAUAGAAACAUUGAAGAAGAAGAACAAGGGAGGCCUACAGAUUAAACCCCAUCAAGUAAAGACUCAUCUUUGGGUGUUUGUUAAUUGUUUGAUUGUGAAUCCUACAUUUGAUUCACAGACAAAAGAAACUAUGACACUUCAAGCAAAGAACUUUGGAUCAAAAUGUAAUCUGUCAGAUAAAUUUAUUACCAAUGUUACAAAAUCUAGCAUUGUAGAAGCCGUGUUGACAUGGGCUAAAUCCAAAGCAGAGAAAGACCUUCAGAAGCAGUGCAGUAGCAAGAAGCAGAACAAAUUGAAAGGAGUUCCAAAGCUGGAAGAUGCAAAUGAUGCGGGUUCUAGGAAUUCAUUGGACUGUACACUAAUUCUCACUGAAGGAGACUCAGCCAAAACACUGGUUGUGUCUGGUCUUGGUGUCGUUGGCAGAGACAAAUAUGGAGUGUUCCCACUUCGUGGUAAAUUGCUGAAUGUCAGGGAGGCAACACAUAAGCAGAUCAAGGAAAAUCAAGAAAUCGGUAAUGUUAUAAAGAUCCUUGGUCUGCAGUACAAAAUGAAAUAUGAAUCCAUAGAUGAUCUGAAAACCCUAAGGUAUGGAAAGCUUAUGAUCAUGACAGAUCAAGAUCAGGAUGGGUCUCAUAUAAAAGGUCUGCUGAUCAACUUCAUUCAUCACAACUGGCCAUCGCUGUUGAAAUUGCCAUUUCUUGAGGAGUUUAUUACUCCCAUCGUGAAAGCAACAAAAGGCUCAACAGAACUCUCAUUUUACUCACUCCCAGAAUUUGAAGAGUGGAAGGCCUCAACGAACAACUGGCACACAUACAAGAUAAAGUACUACAAAGGUUUGGGAACCUCCACUUCUAAAGAGGCAAAAGAAUAUUUUUCUGAUAUGCAGCGACAUCGAAUUAAGUUUAAGUAUGGAGGUCCAAACGACGAUCAUUGCAUCAAUAUGGCUUUCAGUAAGAAAUGCGCAGAGCAACGAAAAGAGUGGCUUACAAGUUGGAUGGAAGACACCAAACGUAGACGUGAAUUAGGCCUUCCAGAGCAGUACUUGUAUGAGAAGGACACAAAGUCAGUUAACUAUUCGGAUUUUGUCAACAAGGAGCUGGUACUCUUCAGCAAUUGUGACAAUGAACGUUCCAUACCAAGUUUGGUUGAUGGUCUGAAACCAGGACAGAGAAAGGUGCUCUUCACUUGUUUGAAGCGUGCUGACAAGCGUGAGAUCAAGGUGGCUCAGCUUGCAGGUUCUGUUGCAGAACAUUCAUCAUACCAUCAUGGUGAACAGUCACUCAUGUCCACAAUUGUCAACUUGGCCCAAAAUUUUGUUGGUAGCAACAAUAUCAACCUCCUGCAGCCUAUUGGCCAAUUUGGUACUCGGCUUUCUGGUGGCAAGGAUUCGGCAAGUCCUAGAUACAUCUUCACGUUGCUGAGUCCUCUUACAUCGUUCAUAUUCCAUCCACAUGACAUGCCACUGUUGAAGCAUAAUUAUGAUGAUAGUCAGAAGAUAGAACCUGUAUGGUACAUUCCCAUCAUCCCAAUGGUUUUGGUGAACGGUGCUGAUGGUAUUGGUACUGGCUGGAUGACUAAGAUCCCCAACUACAAUCCACGAGAGAUUGUUAAGAACCUCAAGCUGAUGCUUGAUGAUCAAGAGCCUGAACCAAUGGUUCCGUGGUGGAAGAACUUCACUGGUGUGGUUGAACCUCUUGUUGAUAAGAGAUACAUUAUAUAUGGAGAAAUUGCUGUCAUAGGUGAAGAUAAACUGGAGAUAACAGAAUUGCCCAUUGGAACAUGGACACAGACGUACAAAGAAUCUGUGCUGGAACCUUUGCUGCAUGGAGCAAAUGAAAAAACUCCUCCUUCCAUAACUGAUUACAAAGAAUACAACACUGAUACAACAGUGAAAUUUGUUGUGACAAUGAAUCCUGAAAAACGGAGGGCAGCUGAAGCGGAAGGACUGCAUAAAUUCUUCAAACUCCAAACAACAGUGUCAUUGUCAUCUAUGUGUGUUUUUGAUGAGAACUGCUGUAUGAGGAAAUUUGAAUCUGUAGAGUUGAUUAUGAAAGAAUUUUUCAAAGUCCGUCUUGCCUACUAUGAAAAGAGGAAGAAGUAUCAUGAAGGAAUGUUGCAGGCUGAGUCACGGAGACUCAGCAAUCAAGCAAGGUUUAUAAUUGAGAAAUGUGACGGAACGCUUGUCAUCGAAAACAAGAAGAUGAAGGUAAUGAUUGAAGAGCUGAAGAGAAACGGUUAUGAUCCUGAUCCAGUGGCAGUGUGGAAAAUGAAACAGAAUAAAGCUGAAGCUCUUGAAAAUGGAAUGAUGGAGAACGAAGAUGCAGAAGGUUCACAGUUGGAUGACGGAUCUGAUGUAGGAGGAGGUUACAAUUAUCUCCUUGCGAUGGCAUUGUAUACAUUGACAGAAGAGAAGAAGGAAGACUUGCUGCGGAAACGUGAUGAUAAACUGACUCAACUUAAGAUCCUACAAACCAAAAGUCCUGCAGCCUUGUGGAAGGAAGAUCUGGAUGUAUUUCUUGAGCAGCUGGAUAAGGUUGAGGCAAAGGAGAAAGAAGAUGAGUUGGGUGUAAGCUCAGGGAAGACAACAAAAGUAGGUAAAAAGUUUGGUGGAUCAAAGAAAAAGGAAAUGUUGACUGCAGCAGAGACAAAACCAUCUCCACAAGGACGUCGAGUCAUCCCUAAAAUAGAUGUGAAACUUAAGGAGAAAUUUGAAAAGGAAACAUUAUCAAAAGAAAACAAAGGAAAAAGGGCGAGGAAAGAAAAGCUGCUUAUUGAAGAAAAGGACGAGUUUGAUAUGAUGGAUGGAAACCAGAAAACAUUGGCAGAUCGUUUGGGCACGUCACCUGAAGAUAUAGAAAAGAAAAUGAAUGCAAAACGAAAAGAGGUAAAGCAAAGAAAACCACGGAAGGAGUCAUCAUCUCGUUCACCUAAGAAAAAGGGUAAAGGCAAGAAUCCGUGGGAAACUGAUUCAGAAGUGGAAGAUGAAGAAUUGAGUUCUGAAGAUGACGGUGUGUCCCGACCACCACCAAGGACAACAAGCCGUAGAACAGCAGCUGCCAACAUUAAAUUUAAAUAUGACAGUGAUGACGAGGAAGAUGAUGAUGAGUUUGAGCUUCAUGACAACAGUCUCGAGAAUGGAGGACACGUUCCUGUCCAUGAUGCAAACUUGGAUACUGUUAAGUCAAAGACACUUGAUAUAAGUGACACAGAUAGUGAAUUUGAAAUGAAAAAUGGCAGUAAUAAGCAUCCCCUCUCAGAUUCGGAUGAUGACUUCACUAGUAAGCGGAAACCUCGGCCAUUGAAAGAAGUGUCUUCAGAUGCGAUGUUUGAUUCACUGAUAAGUGGGAGUGGUACUGGGGAAGGGAUAGUCAAAACAGCUGCAGCUGUCUUGUCUUCAGAAGAGGAUGCUCCUCCAGUACCUCAGAAGAAACAGGAAGCCCUGAAGAAAACAACUCUCUUCAAGUCUAGUACACAUGAAAGCAAACCUAAGAAGGCUCCUAAAAAAGCAGCACCCAAGAAGAGGAAUGUUUCUGAUUCUGAUGAAGAUAUGUUUGCAGUGUCUAAGAAAAAGAAAUCAAAAAAGAAAGUAUCAUCUGAUGAAGACGAUGAUGAAGAUGAUGGUUAUGUUCCACCACCUAGAUCUUCUGCCAGUGGCAGAGCUCGCAAACCAGUAAAGUACAAUUUUGGUGAUGAAGAUGAUGAUGAUGAUGAUGAUGAUUAGAAGAUUCAUAUCUCAACAACAUAUUUGGAACACAAAUUUUUUAACGACUUACUUCAUUGCAAGUUAAUGGAUUAGCAGGAGCCAAUGAACCAGUUUUAAUGUUGUUUGUUGUGAGGUGUAACUUAUGAAUAAAUCCAGAAAGGUAUGUAUGUGUGUGUUUUGUGAUAUCUUAACACGCUGCGAUAAUGACCAAUGCUCCUGCUCGUAAGUUCUUAAUUACAUGAAAGCAGUGUGUGUAAACUGGCGAAAAUGUUUUUAUCUCUGUAAGGAGGUAAGUGUUAACCAUCACCUUUCAUAUUUAUAGUUUUUAAACUUCAGUUUGGUGACAGGAAAAGCUUUCAUUUAUUUUUAUUUAAGUAUUUAUAUCUGUUCGCUUUUCUUAAUUGAAGAAACAAGAAAUUAGAGUAAUAGUAAUGUAAAUACUGUAAUACUGUACUGCUAAGUUGUGGCUGUUGUGUGUUUUUAAUGCUGUGCUUCAUUCAAAAUGUGUGGAGUGCACAUAAACAGGUGAAAAGCAGGUACCAGGAUGAAUUUAGUGUGGAGUUCACAUUGCGCUGACUAUUCUGCGCUUUUCAUUGUGUCUUAACCAGCUGCUGUUACAGUGAAGAGAGACAUUGUUGGUACUGUGCAAGAAGUACUUCCUUGGCCUGUAAGCCAAAGAGAAGCAAACACCAUACUGCCUAUCACCAGUGUUUGUUUACAUGUGCUCCAUAGACAUUUCGAAUAGAGUAUAGUAAUAUCUAGUAUUAGCAUUCCGUAUAUCAUUUUUAUAGUCACUAUGUGGGCUAUUUCUAUUUUUAAUGUUAAAAUUGUAUUUUAGUUUAGAAACACUACUCUUAUACUACAGAAUAUUCCAGGUAGUGAUGAGCUGAUGUGAGUAUACUGAAUACAGUUAACCAUUUUGGACUUACCAUGUACACUGGUGUACAAGACAUGCAUAAGACAACCCAGGAUGUUCAACUAAAAAUUUAAGUUUUGGAUAUAUUUGCCAGUAAAGUGGCCACAAAAUACAUGUUUUAACUAAAUUUAAUAAAAUCCUGACUGUUGUAACUGGUUUGAUGAACCUCAACUUUCCUGUGAUGAGCAACUUUGCUUUUACCUUUGCACUGAAAGUUGCGUGGAUUGUUGCUUGACUCUGUUACAUCAGCCAUUGCAAGUGGCAUAUAGUGUUGAGUUCAUCCUGACAACUUUGCAGUUACAGUAAUUGUGGUUGUGUUAUCCAAGCACACUCAAUUUUAUUUUAUUAUGAUCUCUGUGUUAAUUAUGUGAACAAAACUUUUGUCUGACUUAAUGGAAAUUGUUAAGCACAAAGUAGCUUUUAAGAAUUUGAAGUUCACAUUUUAUGCUUCACAUGUGGGACAGUCCCUUGUUUCGGAGGGCUGUUCUUAAGCUCGGAAGGUCAUCUUAUAGACCAGUAUGUUUUGUAGUAAUAAUAUGUUAUUAAUUAGAAAUAAAUCAAGUGGUUAUGCUGGGCUCUCAUAUCACACAUUGCUAAUUGAAACUGAAUAUAUUUUCAUGUGAAUCUUCAAGCCUAAAGUAAUAAUUGUUCUCUGGAACAUAAUGACUUGUGAAUUAUUCUAGGUGUACAUACCAUAACUCAACCAGAAGGGAACUAGGCCUAUAGUGAAUGUAUUCACACUUGAACAUCUUCACUUUUGAGCCUUAGUAUUACCCUGUGACUGAAUUACAUAUUAAACAGUUUUGUACAUGACAUGGAAAACUAGUUUUAUUCUGUGAUUAGUACAAGCUCUUUAAUCACAUGUUUGUAAAAAAAAAUACACAUUUUUAAGGAUUUA